GGGGCGGGACGGGGCCGCGGCCACGCCCCCCCGCGCCGCGGAACCUCCGUGCGCGGCGUGAGGAGCAGGGCGGGCCCGGCAGUGCGGCGGCACGAUGAGCACCAAGCAGGUGACGUGCAGGUACUUCUUGCAGGGCGUGUGUCGGGAGGGCAGCAAGUGCCUGUUCUCCCAUGACCUGGCCACCAGCAAGUCCUCCACCAUCUGCAAGUACUACCAGAAGGGGCAGUGUGCCUACGGCUCCCGCUGCAGGUAUGACCACGUGAGGCUCCCUCCGGCGGGCGGAGCCGCGGCCCCGCCGCCCCCCGCGGCCCCGGGCAGCCCCCGGGCGCCCCCCGAGCACGGCCCCGGCGCCCCGCGCAGCAGGAGGGAGAAGAGGACGCUGGUGCUGCGGGACAGAAACCUGUGCGGCUCCAGCGAGGAGAAGGCGCGGCCCGGCGCCGCGGGGGCCGUGCCGUGCUGCAGUGACCCUGCGGACAGCGAGGAGGCCAAGCCGCACUCGUACCUGGAGGCCAUCUGCAGCGGGCUGGAGGAGGCGGGGCCCGCGGGCUGUCCCGCCGGGCAGCAGCUGUGUCCCUACGCCGCCGCCGGCGCCUGCCACUUCGGGGAGCGCUGCCUCUACCUGCACGGGCAGCUCUGCGAGAUCUGCGGCCUCCAGGUGCUGCACCCCUUCGACCCGGAGCAGAGGAAGGCCCACGAGAUGAUGUGCAUGGCAACGUUUGAGCACGACAUGGAGAGGGCCUUUGCCAUCCAGGCCAGCCAGGACAAGGUGUGCAGCAUCUGCAUGGAGGUGGUGUAUGAGAAGCCCUCGGCCUCGGAGAGGAGGUUUGGGAUCCUGUCCAACUGCACCCACACCUACUGCCUGUCCUGCAUCCGCCAGUGGAGGUGUGCCAAGCAGUUCGAGAACCCCAUCAUCAAGUCCUGCCCCGAGUGCCGCGUGAUCUCCGAGUUUGUCAUCCCCAGUGUGUACUGGGUGGAAGAGCAGGAGAAGAAAAAUGAGCUGAUUGAAGCAUUUAAGCAGGGAGUGGGGAAAAAGCCCUGCAAGUACUUUGAGCAAGGCAAAGGAACGUGUCCCUUUGGAGGGAAGUGUCUGUACCUCCACGCCUAUCCCGACGGGACGCGAGCGGAGCCUGAGAAGCCGCGGAAGCAGCUCAGCUCCGAGGGCACCGUGCGGUUCUUCAAUUCCGUGCGCCUGUGGGACUUCAUCGAGGACAGGGAGAGCAGGAGCGCGCCCGGCGCCGACGCCGAGGUGACGGAGCUGGGGGAGCUCUUCAUGCACCUCUCUGGGGCUGAGGAGGAGCCCACUGCUGCCAGGGAGCACACACAGCCCCUCUGAGCCCCCAGUGCAGCUGGCUGUCAGCCAUGCUUUUAUCUCUGCAGCACAGGUAGAACACAAUGUGCCCUGCUGGUUACUUGUGCAGUCCUGGUAAAGUUUUCAGGUAGUUUUUAUAUGGCAACAACAAAAAAAGGCUCAAAUAUAUUUAAAAGAAAAAAAAAAUUGGCUGCAUGGAAAAAAAUCCCUUAAUCCCAGGAGGGUUUUCUCCCUCUCUGGCCUAACAUAUGCUGUCUUGUGAGCUGAGUGGUAGUGUAAAUACAGGUCCAGUGAAAGCUUAAGCUGGUAAAAACUGUUGCUAAUUAGAGUUUGGGUGCUUUUGGGUUGUUUCUCCACUAAGUCAGCUAAAUGUAUAACUACAAAACCCACUGGGAAUAAUGGUCAGUGUAGGGUUUUCUCCUUAAAAAGGAGCUGGUACAUUAUACCUCAGCUGGUACCUGAGUCCAGAGUAAGGUCGGUGGAUGCUCUGGGCAGGCCUGGCUCCCCAGGUGCUGCCAGUGGAGCUCCCAGCCCUGUUUUACACUAACUGCAGUGCUCAGAGGCAGCAGCGGCUCCUGCUGGACAGCAAAUGCAGCUGCACUGAUUCCUGAACUGCACUGACGGGAGCUUGGGAGCUCAGCACGAUGAGGUGUUCUCCCAAAUCCUGGCCAGGCCUGCCCCAGAGCCAGGAGUGGCUCUGCAGCAGCUCAGCCACCAUCGCCCUUUGCCCCAGGAGGGCUGAGGGAUUAAUGCCCAUCUCUGAAUCGUUACUGAAUUCUGGCUUUGUUAAAAAUGUGAUUUCUGUUGGUGUGGCAAAGGCAGUUGGGUUGUGAAAUCUGGUACCAGAAGUUAAUUCUGCCAAGUCAACUGUUUUAACUUGGAAUUUAAACGGAGAAUUGAGCGUGCACUGCAGUGGCUGCUGAGUUCACAACAGCAUGGACACGCCUGAGCAGGAGCUGCCACUGACUCAGCCCCUUGUAAAUCACUGAGCAGUGUUUGUAAAUACAAAGAGAGAUGUGGGGUUUAUUUUAGAACAGUUUGGUUGCAAUGGAAGGCAGGUGUGUAACUGGUUUGGUUAUUAUCUACAGCAAUAUAAAAGCAUAAAAAAUAAUACUUAAAAAUGUGUAAGAAAGGUCAAGAGCAGAAAGGUUUGUAAUCAGCACCUGUGGAUCAGUGAUGGUCACAGCCUCGAUCCACCAGGGUGGGAAAUGGUGAAGCAAAGCAAAGAGACCUGGGCAGGAGGCAGCUGCUAGCUGGGCACGCAGGGCCGCCCCGGGCUGGGCACAGCAGGGCCUGGCUCCCUGCUGGGAGGGAGCAGCAGCAACCUUAGCCUGGGAUUCCAGCAUCUCAGUGGCUCCAGGAUUAUCCCCUCAUCUGCUCUUGGCAUUCCUGGGUCAGGAGCUCCUCCCCUCUGCCAGCUGUGCCCUCUGGUCUCACCUGGAAAUGCAACUUUCCCAUCGUUUUUCCCCCCUGCAGUUAAUUUGUGGCCUUGGCAGUGGCUGUAAGCACAUCAGUUCCCAGUUUCUUGGUAAAACUGGCCCAGCAAAGGUCAGAAGUCCAAUCAGUGCAGUUGGUCAGCACUAAUUCCAAAGCAGAAGGUAAAUUAUCCCUGAGAGGGAGGUCACACACCAAGAUGGAUGAAUGUGUCAAGGACACCCAAGCACCCUUUCUACCCCAGAACACUUCCCAGCCCUCACCCUCCCACUGAAGCUCAUUUCCAUCUGCUCCUACACAUACAUUUUUUUUUUUUCCAGAAUGAAAUAUUGUCAGGAAUACACUUAAAAAAAAAUCAAUGGAGAGAAUGUUCUUUACCCUAAACAGGACAUUCCUGAUUCACUUUGCCCCAAGAAGCCAUGAGGGAUGGUCUGAAAUUAAAAAGAUAACUUGUUUUUCAAAGCUACCAGGGACUUAAAAUGUCUGAGUUUCUCAGUUCUUCACUCAGCAUAUUUCAUUUAACUGGACAUCAAGUGCUGGUUAAAAUAAACCUACUUCUCAAAAAUACUUCAUUUUUUCAAGAGACACAUCAUCUGGUGUAAAAAUCACAGGUUGAUGGUUUCUUUUGAGAAAUCAGAGUUAAAGUAAAAACAACUUACCUCUUCGGGGUUUUUUUCUUCCAUGUUUUAAGCUUUUUAUAAUGAAGUGACAAUUAGAGAUAAAUAAUGUUUAGCAAGAGUUGCAGUCCAAAUACCAAUCAUAUUGUUAAAAACCAUGCAGAACUAUAUGGACACUUCAAGUCUCAAUUUACUGUUUAGGAAGCAAAGCUCACAGGCCUUCUCAGUUAUCACCCAGGGAUUCAUGUUCUGCCCUUGUCCUGUUCCAGAAUGUUCUGAGGACAAACUGGAGGUGAUUUCUGGGUCUGGCUCCCCUCCCUUUCACAGGGGCUUUGUGGGUUUUGCUGCUGCAGAGGAGAGGCUGCAGUGGCUGUUGGGGCAUUCCAGGGAGAGCUGGAGACAGGGACGGUCCCAGUUCCCAGCAAAGGCAGCAGAUGUGCCCAGCAGCUUUGGGGUGGAGGUGCCAGCCCUGACCCCAGUACCCUCUGCACCCACAGAAAGGCAAAAUCCCAACCUGGCCUUCCAUUUGUGCCCUAAUAACCACAUUUUACCAACUGCUAUUUGAAAAAACCCGUUUUUAGAUCCAUCCACCUAUUCCUGUCCCCCACGGAGUUCAGCCAACACAAAAACCUCACUUGCACCUCAGUAAAUAAGAGAAAAUUGAGCCAAAGUGGUGCAGGGCAAGAGCCUGAGAGCACAGCAGGGGGAGUGUCCAAAGCAGCUGCUGCUCAAAGAUCACUACAGUACAACAACUGUCUUGUCAUGUGACUGGAAAUGUAGAGGUUGUUUUAUCAAGUGUGUUUUUACUUGCACUGCUAUUAUUUAUCAGUUUUUAAAAACUAUUCAGAAUGUCAUUUCUUGAGUUUUCCAAAUGCAGAUGUCCCACUUGGAACUGUGGAUGACUACAUUAAAAUGACAUUGAAUCUUAAA